CCGACCACCAGCACCCCCUCAUUGUUGCACAAUACACAAAGUUGUGGUCUAAAUGCAACCUUACCCCUCUCUUUGAAUUAGCUUCACUUCACAGUCGCACCAACCUCUCUCCCUUACUCGCACGCGAACGAUCACAUACAACACAAACAGUACUCUGCCUCUUGGUGCAAAUCGAACCUAGAAACCUCAAUCCCUUACCCUUCCAUGGCGGCAGGACUCUCCACCGCCGCAAACUUAAAGCCCUACAAUCUCCUCCAACCCCCAAUCCCUAUUUCUAAACCAACCCCAACACUCUUCUUCAACCCCUUAAGAUGUUUCCGUCGCAGUACAAUCCUUCGAGUUCGACCCAGAAGAAGAAGAAUGAGUGGCUUCACCGUUUGCGUCCUCACGGAGGAUCCCAAACAGACAAAAAAGGAUGAACAAGAAGAACAAGUGAAUCCUCAAGUUGUGUCGGCACGAGUGGCAGAGAAAUUGGCGAGAAAGAAGUCCCAGAGGUUCACCUAUCUCGUUGCGGCUGUCAUGUCUAGCUUUGGCAUCACCUCUAUGGCAGUCUUCGCAGUUUAUUAUAGAUUCUCUUGGCAAAUGGAGGGUGGAGAUGUUCCUUGGUCUGAAAUGCUAGGCACAUUUUCCCUCUCCGUCGGUGCUGCUGUGGCUAUGGAAUUUUGGGCAAGAUGGGCUCAUAGAGCUCUUUGGCAUGCUUCCUUGUGGCACAUGCACGAGUCACACCAUCGACCAAGAGAGGGACCGUUCGAGCUUAACGACGUUUUUGCGAUAAUUAACGCUGUCCCUGCGAUCGUUCUUCUCUCAUACGGUUUUUUCCACAAGGGUCUGGUCCCUGGCCUCUGUUUUGGUGCAGGCCUUGGAAUCACGGUGUUUGGGAUGGCCUACAUGUUUGUCCACGAUGGAUUGGUUCAUAAGAGAUUCCCUGUGGGUCCCAUUGCCAACGUGCCCUACUUUAGAAGAGUUGCUGCUGCUCACCAACUCCACCAUUCGGACAAAUUCAACGGGGUGCCAUAUGGCUUGUUUUUGGGACCAAAGGAAGUUGAAGAAGUGGGAGGGCUGGAAGAGCUAGAGAAAGAGAUAAGUAGGAGAAUGAGGUCCGGUUCAUGACCAUGCCACUGGUAUUAGCUAGACUUGUUUGAAAGAAUUGAGGGUAGAGAAAGGGAAACAAUUCAAUUAAUGAAUGAAAUGAUUUGAAUCUUUUUUUUUUUUUCUUUCAUACAGCUAUUCAUAUUAUAAUAGCAGAGCAUAUAACUGAAAAAUAGAGUUAAACGUUUAUAGAUGUAUAAACAGAUCAAACAUGUGUCAGUGGAAAUGUUCUAAUUGCAGCAUAAUACAGCUGGAUAUUUAAAGCCAUUUAAAAGCCUA